AUGUUUUAGAAUGAUGGUAAUGGUUAAUCACCACAUUGUUAUUAAUAGGAUAGAUAGAUAUUUAAGGUUGUACGUAAGAAUGCAAAUUAAUGUGCUAUUAAAAAUCAUACUUCUAUACAUUACAAGAAUUAGAUUUUUAUAUUUGGUGGAUAUGAUUCUAAAAAGAAUCACAAUGAUAUUCAUUUAUAUAAGGAUGGGAUUUGGACUAAAUGUAAAGCAAAUGGUAAAAUUCCAGAGAGUAGAAAUGGACAUACAGCAACUUUAGUAGAUAAUAAAAUGUAUGUAAUUGGUGGCUGGUUAGGAAGUGGGACUUAUGCUAGUAAGGAUGUUUAUGUGUUGGAUCUUGAUAGUUUGAAUUGGACACUUGUAAAUACAAUGGGAGAAGUAUAAUAAAUACUUAAUUUAAGGUACCAGGUCCAUGUAAUAUGCAUAGUGCUGAUUUAAUUGGUUAAUUGAUAUAUAUUUUCAGAGGAGGAGAUGGCAAAGAUUAUUUGAAUGAUUUACAUAGUUUUAAUACUAAAACAAAUAUAUGGAAAUUAAUUUAGACAGCUGAUAAUUUAAGACCUCCAUCUAGAGCUAAUCAUAGUUCCUCAGUUUGUUAAAAUAAAUUAUUCAUUUUUGGAGGUUGGGAUGGCUCUAAAAGACUAAAUGAUUUAUUUUGUUAUGAUGUAACUACCAAUAAAUGGAUUGAACUAAAACCUCUUUAAUCUCCUAGUGCUAGGGCUGGAAUGUGCAUGACUACUAUUAAUAAUAAAAUCUAUUUAUUUGGUGGCAGUGGACCAUAGACUACAUGUUUUGGAGAUUUAUAAUGUUAUGAUCCUAUUCAAAAUGCAUGGACUAUUUUAGAUUUAUAGGAUGAAGAAUCAUUUGAUAAAGCUAGAGCUGGACAUAGUAUGACUUCUAUUGGUAAUCUUAUUUAUGUUUUCGGUGGAUCUUGUGGAUCUCAUUAUUUCAAAGAUUUUUUUAUUAUUGAAACAGAUCCACCUCCAAAUAUCUCUGUCGUUUCCUUCAAUAAUAUCUCUAUUAAUUAAUAUUUUAGAAGCUUUUAUAAUUAAUAGAAAUAUAGUGAUCUCAUUUUUAUUGUAGAGGACAAAUAACUAUAUGCUCAUAAAUUUAUAUUAUCUCGGUAUGAAAUGUUCAAUAAAAUGUUUGAAUGGGAAUACAAAAAUCAAUAAUAAAAAGUUUAAAUUAAUGAUUGCUCUGCCUAUAUUUUUGAAUAAUUUUUAUACUUCAUUUACACUGGAGAAUUAUAAUAUGAUUAAUAUUUACUCUCAGUCGAUUUUUAUAGAUAAUUAUUGCAAAUGGCUGAUUAUUAUUUAAUAUCAGAUAUGAAGAUGUUCUGUGAGAAAUAACUCUCCUUAUUAGUUGACAACUCUACUCUACCUAAAAUUAAACUUUAUGCUGAAUAAAUGAAUGCUAGUUAACUACUUAAAUUUUGUGAAUGGUAUGAAAACCAUAAUAACUGA